ACCAGCGAACGCCCUGAGUCAGCACCCCCCGCGUGCGUGCGUGCGUGCGGCGAAAGGCGACGGGAGAGGAGGCGGGACUUCCGGCUCUCGCCAAAAUCAUUUCCGGCAGGAGCCGGAAGACCGUCCCGGAUGGCCUCAGGGGCGGCAGUUGUGUGCAGGUGAGCUCUGGGGUUGCCGGCUUUUCCGCGCCCGCUGGUCGCCUCAUGCUGCGGGUCUCGGCCUCCAGCCUUCGCUCGGAUUGGCGGCGCUAAGGCGCCGGGGCAACAGGCGACAUGUCGUCGGGCCUCCGCGCCGCUGACUUCCCCCGCUGGAAGCGCCACAUCUCGGAGGAGCUGAGGCGCCGGGACCGACUGCAGAGGCAGGCGUUCGAGGAGAUCAUCCUGCAGUAUAACAAGUUACUGGAAAAGUCAGAUCUUCAUUCAGUGUUGGCCCAGAAACUACAAGCUGAAAAACAUGACAUACCAAACAGGCAUGAGAUAAGCCCUGGACAUGAUGGCACAUGGAAUGACAGUCAGCUACAAGAAAUGGCCCAGCUGAGGAUUAAACACCAAGAAGAACUGACUGAAUUGCACAAAAAACGUGGAGAGUUAGCUCAGUUGGUGAUUGACCUGAAUAACCAAAUGCAGCAGAAGGACAGGGAGAUGCAGAUGAAUGAAGCAAAAAUUGCAGAGUGUUUGCAGACUAUCUCUGACCUUGAGACAGAGUGCCUAGAACUGCGCACUAAGCUUCACGACCUUGAAAGAGCCAACCAGACCCUGAAGGAUGAAUAUGAUGCCCUGCAGAUCACUUUUACUGCCUUGGAGGAGAAACUGAGGAAAACUACUGAAGAGAACCAGGAGUUAGUCACCAGGUGGAUGGCCGAGAAAGCCCAGGAAGCUAAUCGCCUGAACGCAGAGAAUGAAAAGGACUCCAGGCGGCGGCAAGCCCGGCUGCAGAAAGAGCUUGCAGAAGCAGCAAAGGAACCUCUGCCAGUUGAACAGGAUGAUGACAUUGAAGUCAUUGUGGAUGAAACCUCUGAUCACACCGAGGAGACCUCUCCCGUGCGAGCCAUCAGCAGAGCAGCCACUAAGCGACUCUCGCAGCCUGCUGGAGGCCUUCUGGAUUCUAUCACUAAUAUCUUUGGUCUGUCCGAGUCUCCCCUUUUGGGACAUCAUUCUUCUUCUGAUGCUGCCAGGAGACGCUCUGUCUCUUCCUUCCCAGUCCCCCAGGAUAAUGUGGACACUCAUCCUGGUUCUGGUAAAGAAGUGAGGGUACCGACUACUGCACUGUGUGUCUUUGAUGCACAUGAUGGGGAAGUCAACGCUGUGCAGUUCAGUCCAGGUUCUCGGUUACUGGCCACAGGAGGCAUGGACCGGAGGGUUAAACUUUGGGAAGUGUUUGGAGACAAAUGUGAAUUCAAGGGUUCCCUAUCUGGCAGUAAUGCAGGAAUUACAAGCAUUGAGUUUGAUAGUGCUGGAUCUUACCUCUUAGCAGCGUCAAAUGAUUUUGCAAGCAGAAUCUGGACUGUAGAUGAUUAUCGAUUACGGCACACACUCACGGGACACAGUGGGAAAGUACUCUCUGCUAAGUUCCUGCUGGACAAUGCACGGAUUGUCUCAGGAAGUCACGACCGGACUCUCAAACUCUGGGAUCUACGCAGCAAAGUCUGCAUAAAGACGGUGUUUGCAGGGUCCAGUUGCAAUGAUAUUGUCUGCACAGAGCAGUGUGUAAUGAGUGGCCACUUUGACAAGAAAAUUCGUUUCUGGGACAUUCGGUCAGAGAGUAUAGUCCGAGAGAUGGAGCUAUUGGGGAAGAUUACUGCCCUGGACUUAAACCCAGAGAGGACUGAGCUCCUGACCUGCUCCCGUGAUGACCUGCUAAAAGUUAUUGAUCUUCGAACAAAUGCCGUCAAGCAGACGUUCAGUGCACCCGGGUUCAAGUGCGGCUCUGAUUGGACCAGGGUUGUCUUCAGCCCUGAUGGCAGGUACGUGGCAGCAGGCUCAGCUGAGGGUGCCCUCUAUGUGUGGAGUGUGCUCGCGGGGAAAGUGGAGAAGGUUCUUUCGAAGCAUCACAGCUCAUCCAUCAACGCGGUGGCGUGGUCCCCCUCCGGCUCACAUGUUGUCAGUGUGGACAAAGGAUCCAAAGCUGUGCUGUGGGCGCAGUAUUGAUGGGGCUCUCAGGGCAGGGGGGACCUCGGCACCCUCCUCCGGAGAAGCACGUGGACUCCCACAGCUCUGUCCUGGCAGGUGGUGUGCCGGGAAUAGCUUUGACCUCCCAGAGAAGAGCUCAAGCCAUGUGGCUCAGUGGCCUUCCUUUGAACAGGAUUUCCGAGGAUUUGGCUAAGGUCUCUACUGGCCUGGAAGAAUAACACUGAAAAACUCGGGACACUGCAGUCACUUAGCAGAAGUUUAGGCUGUUGCCUUGGUUCACGUGGGAAACACUACUAGUAGCUCUGACCUUCCAUACCUCAUUGGGGAAGCACAGGGCCCCCGGGGUCUCCUCACUGGAUGGCAGUGCCAAAAACACCCCCCAUGUCCAGGUGUUGGUUCUCUGUGCUUUCUCCCGUCCUUCCAAAGUUGGUCCUGGCCUAGUGCAUGUCCAUCACCUUGGGGCCACUUGCCCAGUGAACUGCUUUAAGCAUUGGAUUAACGGAAACUCAAAUGGGGGGCCCGUCCGUAAUCUAAGGGGACCAUGGUCCCCUUGCUGGUAGGCUGCAAUGUUAUUACAGGGCUCUUGUUCUGAACGCGUCUUAUUACUGCUGAAAUUGCCCUAGGUCUCUUCAACUGGUCUUCAGAGCUGGUUCCCUUGCCCCCCAGAAUUCUACAUAUUUAUUUCUUGGUCAAGAAAUAAAUCUCAACUUGGUUUUUUUAAAAAAAAUUUUUUUGAGAGCAAGUGUGAAAACCUUUUCCAGAGAAGUGGGUUUGCUGCAAACACUGAGAAGGUGGGUGCAUAACACAUUCUUGCUAGUGACAAGGGAUUUGGGGCCUCGAGCGUAUUACUCUGGAGCCGGUGAUUCCAGCCACCGCCCUGCCCAGCCUGUGUGCAGUGCCCUCGGUGCUUUAGUGAGAGAAGCCCAGUCCCUGAAGGACAGCAGCGUCAUCUUCCCAUUUCGGGUCGUGAGGAAAGCCGGGGGAAGAACGUUUAUCUUUGCCAUUUUACCUGUUUGUAAAAUUUUAGUUCUUUGGGUGUCCGAAACACCAGUGUUUUUAUCACUUUUUAAUUUGCACUUUAAUUUUUUUUCUUCCACACUUGUUCUCUGGGCACUUGGGGAUGUGAGUGCUAGAGCCGGUGAGAGGAACCAGGGGGCUUGCUGCCGACAGGCCUGGGCUCCGUUCCUCUUUCCCUGCCUGCAUCUGCCCUUUACGGUUUGCUCUUCAGAGGACCUGUGCUAAGGAGAGUUGAAAUUCACAGGGCACAUCUUUUAUUUAUUUAAUUAUGUUGCCCAACAGAACUUGAUUGUAAAUAAAAAAUCUGUUAUAUACUUUUCAAACUCCA